AUGAAUGAACACCAAGAGAAGAGGAGAAAGAUCCAGACAGCAAUAACACACGAUGAUGAUGAUGAUAGGCCUCAAAUAAACCACAUUCCUCUUGAUCUAAUCUGGGAGAUACUCUCAAGACUUCCUGCGAAAUCGAUAGUGAGACAUCUCUGUGUGUCAAAGCUGUGGUCUUCCUACACCAAACACCAGAGUUUCAUAAAGUUGUUCGCUACUCGUUCCUCUGAACGGCCACCGCGUAUUCUCCUGACCUUCUUAGCAGGAUCCAAGCGAUUCGUUUUCUCUAUUCCUCAAGAAGACAGCUUUUAUCCUCCUGAGGUUGAAAGUUAUCAGAUGACAAACCCUCAAGAUUAUAAGAGCGUUCCUUUAUCCGAGUGCGUCCAUGGCUUGGUUUUAUUAGACGGACUCGUAAUAUGGAACCCAUCCAUGAGACGAUUUUUAAAAUUGCCAAAACCCAAAACAAGCUGCGAACGUAUGUAUCUUCUAGGUUAUGACCCAUUGGAGAGUAAACACAAAGUACUGCAGUUAGAAAAUACCACCGGACAUGCUAAGGUUCUUACAUUGGGAACUCAAGAAAAAUGGAGAACCAUUACCAAAGGUAUCACUUCGGAUUCCCCAUUUGGAGGAGGUGGGAGAUGCAUCAAUGGAAUUCUUUAUUAUUCAGCUUUUUUGGGUAGUACUCCUGGUGAUGAUUUUGAAAUUUUUAUAGUGAGCUUCCAUGUUAGGUCCGAAAAAUUCAAUCGGAUAAAAAUACCUAAGUAUAGUUAUUUUCCGAUUGAACUUUUGCUACCAUAUGAAGGAAGCCUAGCUUUAGUUAUUCCUAGUAACAUUACGAGUGAUAGUGUUGAUUUAUAUAUUUUGAAAGAUGCAGAUGGACAUGAAUGGAUGCGUAAAACUCUUCAUGUACCUUCUCAUAGAGAUAAAAGAGAAGGGAGGAGUUUUCUACGAUUCCAUGGUGUUACUGCCGUUGGUGAGCUUAUCUUUGCAACAUCAUACGUUUCGUCUGAAUCGUUGUAUAUUCUAUAUUUUGAUCCGAGGAGAAACAGUAUUAGAGAAGCCUUGUUCGAAGGAAUUUUUGGGGAUGAAUUUCUACGACGUUAUGGACUUAGUAAAGGUAGAGAUAUAGGCCACUCGGUUGUUUUCCCAAAUCACUCGGUUGUUUUCCCAAAUCACAUGGAGAGUCUCGUGUGUUCUUUGUAA